CCGCCCGCCCCGGCCCGCCUGCAGCGCUGGUCCCGGGCGGAGCCUUAGGCGCCCUCCCGCUCGCCCGCCCCGCGCCUCAGCCCGCGAACGCCGGUGCGUCCCGAGCGCCACGGCCGCAGCAUGUUGGGCAUGAUCAAGAACGCGCUGUUUGGGAGCGUAGAGACGUGGCCUUGGCAGGUCCUGAGCAAAGGGGACAAGGAAGAAGUCUCCUACGAGGAAAGGGCCUGUGAAGGUGGACGGUUCGCCACAGUGGAAGUGACAGAUAAACCUGUGGAUGAGGCCCUACGGGAAGCGAUGCCUAAAGUCAUGAAGUAUGUGGGAGGCACCAACGAGAAGGGAAUUGGAAUGGGGAUGACCGUUCCUAUUUCCUUUGCCGUGUUCCCCAAUGAAGAUGGUUCCCUACAGAAGAAAUUAAAAGUAUGGUUCCGGAUUCCAAACCAGUUUCAGAGCAACCCACCAGUUCCCAGUGACGACAGCAUUAAGAUCGAGGAGAGGGAGAGCGUCACCGUAUAUUCCACGAAUGUGGGUGACAUGAUCAAAUCAGUUCACAUGAGACUUCAAGCAGACAGGGCUGGUGUUGAAUCAUUUGCUUUACCAGACCCAGGAUAAUGAGUUUGCACAAACAUUUCUUUUGUCUUUUAGUAUGGAAAUUUUAAAACUUAUAAAAGUAGAGAAUAAGAUAACACAGCCCUAUGUAUCCAUUGUGUAUCUUCAAUGAUAAUUAACUCAAAGCCGACUUUGUGUCAUUUGUGCGCUCAAACUUUCACCCAGCCCCUACCCUGCAUUAUUUUUAGGCAAAUCCCAGACAUGAUAUUUCAUCCAUAAAUAUUUCAGUGUGACUACUGGAGACCUUUUAAAAUUACAAUCAUUAUAUCUUACUACUCCUAAAUUUUAAAUUGCAAUUCAUUGAUGUUGUAAUACAAAAUAUCAAGUGUUCAGAUUUCUCCCAUAAUCUCAUGAUUUGUUUUCAUAGUCUGAUUCUGGGUCCAAUAAAAUCCAGAUUAUUGAUUGCUACAUCUUUAAAGCUUUCGUCAAUCUGUAGCUUUCGUCACCACCACACCUUUCAUUUUUCCUUGCCAUUUAUGGAUUUUUUGUCCUAAGGUUUCCCACAGUCUGAAUUUUGCUGAUUGCCUUUCUGUGGCAUUUUGACAUGUUCGUCCGCCCCCUGUAUUGCCUGUAAGUUAGUCAUUGGAACUAGAGGUGUGAUCAGAUUCAAAGUUGAGUUUUAGGUAAGGAUAUUUCAUAGGCAGUGUUGUGUACCUCUAUCAGGGGCUCAUAACAUUUGCCUGCCUCUGCGUGAUAUUCGUAACCACAGGUCACCAUUACCUCAAUGCCUGGUUUUAGUAGAGAUUGUAAAAUCAUAAUGUUCUCUAUUUUUUCUUUCUUCAUUUAUUAACUGGGAUACUUCAAUAAAAAGAAACUUUCCUUCCUCUGCUAUGUCAUUCCCCUGACAUAGAGUUAUAGAGGAAAAACAGGAUACCCUCUGUUUAGCUUGAUGCCCUCUCUUCAUUCCUUAACUUCCUCCAAAGGUGAGGUAGUUUUUUGAGUGUCAAUAUAAACAGGAAUUUAAAUGUAAUGC